GCGACUGUUGUUUAUCCGCCAGUCAGCCUCCUCGUCGUAUUAGCAACGAUGGCCAGCGCCGCGGCGAAACAAGCGCCUAAAAUUGUCUCCAAAGCAUCUGCGGGAGGCGCCGGGGCUGCGGGGGCCGGUGGCGGACCCCCAAUAAUGCCCCUCGCCUCUCCGCUCAUGGGGAAAAAGAAGAAGCCGUUCCUGGGGAUGCCCGCUCCGCUCGGCUACGUCCCCGGGCUCGGCAGAGGUGCUACUGGUUUCACCACCCGAUCUGAUAUUGGUCCUGCUCGUGAUGCCAAUGAUCCAGUGGAUGACAGACAUGCACCCCCUGGAAAGAGAACAGUUGGCGACCAAAUGAAAAAGAACCAGGAUGAUGAUGAUGAAGAUCUGAACGAUACCAACUAUGAUGAGUUCAACGGCUAUGCAGGAAGCCUGUUCUCCAGUGGGCCCUAUGAGAAAGAUGAUGAAGAAGCCGAUGCUAUUUAUGCAGCACUGGACAAGAGGAUGGAUGAAAGACGCAAAGAAAGAAGGGAGCUGAGAGAAAAGGAAGAGAUUGAAAAAUACCGUAUGGAGCGACCCAAAAUCCAGCAGCAGUUCUCAGAUCUGAAGAGAAAGCUGGCAGAGGUGUCAGAGGAGGAGUGGCUGAGCAUCCCUGAAGUGGGAGAUGCCAGGAACAAGCGCCAGAGGAAUCCCCGCUAUGAGAAGCUCACCCCUGUCCCUGACAGCUUCUUCUCUAAACACCUGCAGACAGGAGAGAACCAUACCACCGUUGACCCUUUGCAAGGACUGGGAGGCCUGAACACACCUUACCCAGGAAGCAUGACACCUGGUCUGAUGACACCAGGGACAGGAGAGCUGGAUAUGAGGAAAAUUGGUCAGGCCAGGAACACACUCAUGGAUAUGAGGCUCAGUCAGGUGUCUGACUCGGUGAGCGGGCAGACAGUUGUGGAUCCCAAGGGUUAUCUGACAGAUCUCAACUCCAUGAUCCCCACUCAUGGAGGAGACAUCAGUGACAUCAAGAAGGCUCGUUUGCUGCUGAAAUCAGUGAGGGAGACCAAUCCCCAUCACCCGCCUGCUUGGAUUGCCUCUGCCAGGCUGGAGGAGGUCACUGGCAAACUGCAGGUGGCCAGAAACCUGAUCAUGAAGGGCACAGAGAUGUGUCCUAAGAGUGAGGAUGUGUGGCUUGAGGCAGCCAGGCUCCAGCCUGGUGACACAGCUAAAGCUGUGGUAGCUCAGGCUGUUCGUCACCUACCACAGUCGGUCCGCAUUUACAUCAGAGCUGCAGAGCUGGAGACGGACGUCAGAGCAAAAAAACGAGUCCUCAGGAAGGCUCUGGAAAAUGUAUCCAAGUCAGUUCGACUGUGGAAGACAGCUGUUGAGUUGGAGGAACCAGAGGAUGCCAGGAUCAUGCUUAGCAGAGCUGUGGAGUGUUGCCCAACAAGUGUGGAGCUGUGGCUGGCAUUGGCCCGCUUAGAAACAUACGAGAACGCCCGUCGUGUCUUGAACAAAGCUCGUGAGAAUAUUCCCACCGAUCGUCACAUUUGGAUCACUGCUGCGAAGUUGGAGGAGGCCAAUGGCAACACUCAGAUGGUGGACAAGAUCAUUGACAGAGCCAUUACUUCUCUACGUGCCAACGGUGUGGAGAUCAACAGAGAACAGUGGAUACAGGAUGCCGAAGAGUGUGACAAAGCAGGUAGUGUGGCUACUUGUCAGGCCGUGAUACGAGCCGUCAUAGGGAUUGGCAUUGAAGAGGAGGACCGCAAACACACCUGGAUGGAGGAUGCCGACAGUUGUGUUGCCCAUGGAGCGCUGGAGUGUGCCAGGGCGAUCUAUGCCCAUGCUCUGCAGGUCUUCCCCAGUAAAAAAAGUGUCUGGCUCAGAGCUGCCUACUUUGAGAAGAACCAUGGCACCAGAGAGUCUUUGGAGGCCCUGCUCCAGAGGGCUGUGGCCCACUGUCCCAAAGCAGAGGUCCUGUGGCUAAUGGGUGCCAAGUCCAAAUGGCUGGCUGAGGAUGUGCCAGCAGCUAGAAGUAUCCUCGCUCUGGCCUUCCAGGCUAACCCCAACAGUGAAGAAAUCUGGCUUGCUGCUGUCAAACUAGAGUCAGAGAAUAAUGAGUAUGAAAGGGCCCGUCGACUGCUGGCCAAAGCCCGCAGCAGCGCUCCAACAGCUAGGGUAUUUAUGAAGUCAGUAAAGCUGGAGUGGGUGCUAGGAAACAUAGAAGCUGCCCAAGAAUUGUGUACUGAGGCCCUGAAACACUACGAGGACUUCCCCAAGCUUUGGAUGAUGCGAGGCCAGAUUGAGGAACAGUGUGAAAAUAUGGACAAGGCCAGAGAAGCCUAUAACCAAGGGUUGAAAAAGUGUCCCCACUCCGUGCCCCUGUGGUUGCUGCUGUCUCGUCUUGAAGAGAGAGUGGGACAGCUGACCAGAGCCAGAGCAAUCCUGGAGAAGGCACGACUCAAAAACCCCCAGAGCCCUGAGCUAUGGUUGGAAUCAGUGAGACUGGAGUUCCGGGCUGGACUGAAGAACAUUGCCAACACAUUAAUGGCCAAAGCCCUGCAGGAGUGCCCAAAUUCAGGUAUCCUGUGGGCUGAGGCGGUGUUCUUGGAGGCCAGGCCCCAGAGGAAGACCAAGAGUGUGGAUGCUUUGAAGAAGUGUGAACAUGAUCCCCAUGUCUUGCUCGCUGUAGCUAAGUUGUUCUGGAGUGAGCGGAAGAUCACCAAAGCCAGGGAGUGGUUCCUUCGGACAGUAAAGAUUGAGCCAGACCUGGGAGAUGCUUGGGCUCUUUUCUACAAGUUUGAGCUGCAGCACGGCACAGAAGAACAGCAGGAAGAGGUGCGAAAGCGCUGUGAGAACGCAGAGCCUCGCCAUGGAGAGCUAUGGUGUGCCGAGUCCAAACACGUCUUGAACUGGCAGAAGAAAACAGGAGAGAUCUUAGCGCAGGUAGCCAGCAAGAUUAAGAACACAUUCUGAGACUGAGGAAAUUUGGACUGAAAACACCUGGAGGACUCUGUCAGUCACCAGUCUUGCAGGGAACAGCCUUGGACACGCUUUUUCUCCACCAGGACUUGCCCAUAAUUUGGCAAAUACAGUGUACUCACACCGCCCCUUACCACUUUCAUGUUUUGAUAUUUUACAGAUGUAAUUAAUUUCCCAACAGAAAAUGGUGAUUUAAUGUCAACGUGAAAACGUAUCUCUGCACAUUUUAAAGUUGGUGCUCAAGAAACUCAGAAUGACUCGUCAUCCACUUCUGCAGUAACAACACAUUUGACAGCUAUUGUACUAGAGUUUAAUGGACAUUUUAUUUUAUGGUCUCGGGUUGCACAGGGACCAUUAGAUGAAUCCAGGUCUAGCUGAGCCACUUCUACGUGUCUAUGUAGACAGCUUGAUUUUCAUGUUUUUGUCUUUUUCAGUAAACUUUAUCCCAAGUCAGUUUGAAGAUUGCUGUCAGGUGUCCUUUUUUAGCCUACAGGAUAAUACUGCCAUCACCAUGCAUUAUGUUGGAGAUGAGGUGUUUCUGCAAAUGUCACUUGUUUAGCUUGUUGCUCAGGUAUCUAGUUUAGUACGAUGAUCUCCCGCUUUGUUUUAGCCUCCUACUUGCCCUCUGGCAGGCAUUGCAUUGUUUCUCUUUGCAACUCUGCCAUAAAACCACACCUGAUUGAAUUACCUAAGCAGCCAUUGUUGUGUGCACAAUCCUGCUCUGAAUCGUUAAAGAAAAGACAUCUAUUCUAGUAAAAGGCUGGCUGAAUUCAUUAACUCCUGCAUCAACUUUCCAGCACAUCUAUGAAGGCAAACUGUUAAUUACAUGAUAGAGUAUUUCACAGACUGUGUAUCUCUCUUUACUUGGGAUAUUUACACAGUAUCUCCCAUCUUCACCUUGAAACUGUGUAGUUCUUCCAUUGUUAAGCUAUGUACCAGACCACUGAAUGCUUGAGGAGCCUAGGGCUUAUUCGACAUAUUUUCAUGUACAGUGUGGCAAAUUUAUUCAGAUGAUUCCUUUGAGUGCUGAAUUUAGCAUACAGAUGUAUUUAACUUAAGGUCACUGGCUAUGCUUCUUUCGUACAUGUCAGUGUUCUGUUUGUCGUACACGAGGCGGCAGAUAUGACAGAAUCUCCAGUAGAAGAUAAACAUAACAGCUGGUCAUAUAGACGUUGUGAUAAUAUGGUUGUGAAUGAAAAUAAAAUGUUAAAAAGGCAAGAUUAUGCAACUGUUGUGUCUAGUCUGGCCGAUGUGUUGAUUCAGGCUGUCGGUGGUUGGUUGUAGCAGUAUUCAGUGCUGAAUUAUGUAUUAUUUGUAACAUAUUGCACUGUAUUGGUCACAAUUAGGAGCUUUGUCACACGAGCGAUUUCCAGAAAACAUAAAGUUCGCUCUGAUAAUUGCAAUACGCGUUUAAGUUUGUGCAGCUGAAUCACAAUUUCUGUUGUUUUCACUUUGACAUUAAUGUUUUCUGCUCGUCAGUGUUAACAUUCUAAUUUCAAUCAUUUUAGCUGCUGAACUGAGUACUUUGGCAUUUUAAGAGAGGAAUAUACAAAACACACAGGGUUGUUCUACCUUCAAGUGAUCGGUUGUUUUUGUUAGUGGAAUUUUGUUUUUUUGUCUUGUCCCCAUGGAUGUGUUAGAAGUCCAGAUUUGGCUAUGUUGACUCAACAAGAUGUGACAGUGUAUAUAAACUCUUUGUCAGGUGCUAUUACAUGAUUUCUCAUGUGGUAGUGCUGGAUUUGCUUUUUUUACUAGCUUGCUUGAGAUGUGUUUAAAACUUUGCAGGCAUCCAAUAAACAAGUAAUAAAAUGCA